CCUACACAGCCAAUCAGAUCGAGUCUUCUAACAUGCAGAAAAAACUGAAGUUGUCGUUCUAUUUCCUCGAUCGUUAACGUCUGAGUGCGCCAUGGAGAGUUCGUCAGUCUACAUGUGCUUCCCUUGCUACCAGGAGUUCAACACCCUGGAAGAGGUGCUCGAGCACCAGUUGACGUGCACAGCUGAAGAUGAACAGACGGAAACACCUGGAACCAACGCUGUCACUAUUCCACUGCUACAGACUCGGCAACAGGUAAUAAAUAUAUCAAAAGCAGCCCCACAGACUCAUGUCCAAGCAGUACACUCCUCCGUGCAACCUGUUGUCAAGCAGGCUGCAGUCAGUGCAAGUGUGACAUCAGACCAGCCCAGAAUCCUCUACCAGUGUGGGGACUGUGAUGAACUUUUCAAGAGCCUGGACCUUUGGCAGCAACACCGUAAAGAAGAGACAUGUCAGCAGUCUGCCUCUGGGAGCAAGCUCCCCGACUCAAAACCUGAGCCAGAGACCGCUUCAGCUCAGAGCUCCCAUACAACUUCAAAUCCAGAUGAAACCACAUGUGAAAUCCUUAAACCCGAACCAGUGGAUAAUCUCAUAGCAGAGGAAGAGAGUCAGCAAGUUGCAGAGACCUCUUCAGCUCAGAGCUAUGAUCCUCCUGUUUCUGAGGUGGCUGCCUCGACCUCGAAUCAAGAGGAUUCGUCUCCCAGGAGGAGAGGGGCAAACAAAAAGCCUAAGCCUGAACCAGUGCUGCUGUGUGUGGACUGUGGCUCAUGCUUUGGCCUAGUGUCUGAACUAGUGGCCCACCGUAAGACACAACAUGGCUUUGAGGAAGCUCUGCACCGCUGCUCUGUGUGUGGGGAAAGCUUUCUAAACACCACACUUUUUCUUUACCACCGCAAGCAACACCGGCAGAAAGGCGAAGAAAAGGUGGUCGUGGAUCCCGAAGAGACAUCAGAGGAGGUUUGUGCUCAGAGCAACAGGACUGAUGAGCAGGGCCAGGACGCCACUCCCUCCACCACUAGUGUCCCCUCCAGUUUCACACAGCCGGAUUUGUUCAUGUGCACCCAGUGUGGGGAGAGCUUCAGCGACGAGGGAGGGCUGGGCACCCAUCGUAUGCAGUACCAUGGCCUGAAAGAGCCACUACAUAGUUGCCCCCAAUGUGACGAGACCUUCAUGAACACCACCCAGUACCUGUACCAUCGCCGGCAGCACCGCUUCACGUCAGGGACAGAGGUGGCGGAUGGAGCUGAAACUGGUGUUGAAAAAGUCACCACUAAACCUCAGGAUACCCCACAGAGCUCAAAGCGGCUGCUUUCCCCGCCUGCCUCUGCUAGUGAAUCAGGUUCACCCCUUCCUAAGAAAAGUAGACCCUCUUUCAGAAUCCUAAGUGGCAUAAGUGCGCUCAAAGGACACAAAGACACCAAAGACGAAUUGGAGGCCAGCACUGCAGCAGACUCGGACAACACCAAUCACCCUCCACCUGCCAAGCUGCUGCAGGACUGGGCACGCACACCACUACCCCAUGUUUGCCCCUACUGUGGCAAAACCUUCACUCGACGCGUCUUCCUCCGCACCCAUGUCUACAGCCACACCGGAGAAAAGCUUUUUACGUGCAAGGUUUGCACAAAGUCCUUCACUAACUCCCAGAGCCUGCUGCGCCACAGCAUGAGCCACACGGACAACAAGCCCUUCAUCUGCGAUGUUUGUUGCAAAAGCUUCUCCCAGGCAGCCACCCUGAAGAGACACCAACGCAUUCACACAUCGACACAGCCUCGGCGCAAGCGUGGACGCAAGCCAGUGUGUACUUUGGACAAUGAGGGAGCGGCUCAUCUCUUCGCUUGUCCUCACUGCCCGUCACGGUUCAACACAGAGGAUCAGCUUGAACAUCACAAACUGCUCCACACCAGCCAUCCAUUCCCAUGUCCUGAAUGUGGAGAGGCCUUUAAACGGAGGAGAGACCUGGACCUGCACUCACUCACUCACCAAGACAAGCAGCCAGCGACGUGUCUUCACUGUUCAUCCCAGUUUGUGAACCAGUCAGUGCUGGAAAUCCACAUGCAGCGUUGCCCUACCUCAGAAGAGGACAAGAACACUGGUCGUGGACGGGGUCAGGGCCGGGGACGUUGCACUGGACAGGUUGAGUGUGACCUAUGCGGCCACCGUUGCAUGACCCAGGAGGGCCUCGACCUCCAUCGGUUGUCCCACACGGGCCAGACACCUCUCAAAUGCCCAGUGAGGCCUUGUCGCCGCCGAUUUACCUCCAACAGUACCCUGGAGGAGCACGUGCUGGCCCAUUUCCAAGGAACGCUCGGCAAGUCCAAAAACCGACCCCGCUUCCGCUGUCAGAUUUGCCACAAGGAAUUUGCCUACAAUUCCACCUUCAAUGUUCACAUGAGGACGCAUACUGAUGAGAGGCCCUUCGAGUGUGUCACAUGUGGCAAACGCUUCCGCCAGCUGCCCCAUCUGCAGGACCACGAGCGCAUACACAGCGGCCUGCGACCUUUCUGCUGCUGGAUUUGCGGCAAGAGUUUCAGCGUGGCCGCCCGGCUCACCGAGCAUGCCCGCACCCACAGUGGGGAGAAGCCCUACCCGUGUCACCACUGCCCUGCUGCCUUCCGCUCUCGCUCCAACCUGGAUAAACACAUCCGGCUACACGGAGACCUGCCUGUGGAGAACGCUGAGCAGGAAGCACAUGCAGCUGAGGCUGCCCAUGUUCAGAAGGUGCUGGAGGGGGCCAAGGUGCUGUCUUCUCUGGCCAACACAGGGGAGAUUGAGUCUGGCUCAGUGCAGACCAUCUAUGUACUGCAGGGGGCCGAAGGAGGUACUGAGACGGUCAUGAUCCCGUCGGAUCAGUUCAGUGGCAUUGACGGCACCUCACAGGUUGUCAUCCUGCCCUCCUCUGUUCUGGGAGCUCAGGGCAUUACUGUUCCCACAAUCACCAUGGAUGGAAAUGAAAUCACCAUGGUGGAGACAAGCCAGUCACCGCAGCAUGCCAUUGAGUUCAUUGUUGAGGAGACUGUGUAAAUGGCAGAUUAAAAACUAUUGCGGAAAGAGCAACACCGUAGAGAGAGAUUAGUUGAGAAUUUCGAUUGUUAAAAAGUUUGCUAAUUGAAGCAUAUGGAGUUAUUACCUAACUAUAUACAUUUUAUUUAUAUAGUUUGAUAGAUUUCGAAGCCAGUUUCAACACAAGUCCUGUAGUAAUACAAUUUUACUUUUCUUGAACAGAAAAUGUAAUAGCAUUGUUCAAAGAGUGUAAAACUAAUAAAUCAAAGGUUCAUAGACAAGUGAAAUUGAAUGUACCUUCAAUUAGUGUUUCAAACUGACUGAAAAACCGAUCGACCCUCAGUUGUUUACGGAUGUGUAUUUACAGCCCCUAUUUAUUAGGGGAAGACAAGCGGGGGCCCAUUAAAUGUCUUCUGUUUUCGUUAUAAUAAAAUGCUUCAGCUUUCA